AUGAACGUGGCCAUUGAGAGUAUCUCUACUGCUUCUGCUGUCUCUAAAGAGUUUAAAACAGCAGGUCUGAGACAGGUAGCACGUCCGGUGAACAGGGUGCCAGUGGCGAAUUUGCCAAUCUUGGUGUUCUCUGGCAAAUGCCAAACGUCCUGCACGGUGUUCGGCUGUAAGCCCACACCUGUGGACCCAAAGCCUCAGAAUGCCAUCACCAUUGCGGUGUCAUCGCGUGUCCUCUUCAACAUGGAUAAAGAGCAGCAAAUCUACGAACAGAAAGGCAUGGAGGACUACCUCAAGUACCAGAUAGAGCAUGAGAUGGAGCCCUUCGCCCCCGGCCCUGCUUUUCCUUUCGUUAAGGCUCUGGAGGCAGUGAACACUCGGCUGAGGGAGCUGUACCCUGAGAGUGAGGAGCUCUUUGACGUUGUGCUCAUGACCAACAGCCACGCACACGCCGGUCUCCGACUCAUAAACACCAUCAACCACCAUCAGCUCUUCAUUGAGCGUUUCUGUAUGACGGGUGGGAACAGUCCCAUUGGGUACCUGAAGGCUUACCACACUAACCUGUACCUGUCUGCUGACCCCAUGAAGGUCCGAGAGGCCCUGGAGGAGGGGAUCGCAGCAGCCACCAUGUUUAAUCCACCAGAGAAGAGAACAGAAGUGUCAGAGACUCAGCUGCGGGUGGCCUUCGAUGGGGACGCAGUGCUCUUCUCUGACGAGUCAGAGCGCAUCUUUAAGGCCCACGGACUGGACAAGUUCUUUGAGCAUGAGAAGACACACGAAAACACGCUUCUUGAUCAUGGACCACUGAAAGGGUUCCUGGAGUCUCUGGGGAAGCUGCAAAAGAAGUUCUAUGCCAAGGAUCAGCGUCUGGACUGCCCCAUCCGUACCUACCUGGUGACGGCACGCAGCGCAGCCAGCUCAGGCACCCGGGCCCUGAAGACACUGCGAUCCUGGGGCCUGGAGACAGACGAGGCCCUCUUCCUUGCUGGGGCCCCUAAGGGGCCAAUGCUGGAGAAGAUCCGGCCUCACAUAUUCUUUGACGAUCAGUUGUUCCAUGUGGAGGGAGCUUCGCAGCUGGGGACCGUGGCAGCUCAUGUGCCAUAUGGUGUGGCUCAGAAACUGCCCCAGCAGAAGCCUGCUAAGGAGAACACUAAAGACUUUAGCGCUGCCACCAAGUAGUCUGGAUUUCACUCUCUUCCCCAACCCAAGGGACAAUAAAACAGCAUUGUGUAUUUGAACGAGACAAUCCUUUUCAGUGCCCUCAGUUAUCUGGGGAGAGAAUCACAUGACAAUGGGAGAAGCAUAGAGGGGGGGCAUGCCAUUUUCACCCGUGUCAUGUGUCAUCACAAGAGACAGUGCCAGUAGAUGUAAAACAAAACGUCAAAUACCGUAUGCCCAAAAAGUGCUGUACAUACAUAUCCAGAUCUUGACCUACCAAGGUAAAAUAACUGGAAUUGUAUCUAAUUAACUCUGUCAGACCAGGAAAAAUAUAAUUUUACAGCAAUUCCUCAAAUAGAAUCUGCACACAAUUGCAAGGUCUAUCGCCAGUCCUGCAAUAAUGUAAUAAUACAAUCACCGUAAGGUACUUAAUUGUUACCCAGAAAUGAUUGAAUAUUUAGAUGGAACCAGCUCCAUUGGAACUUUACCAUAGCAUUAACGUUCCGGAAGCCAUCAUUUACAUCCAAAAAUCCACCCAAAUAUAGACUCUACAAUAGUUGUGGAGUUUACAAAUCUGUGAAUUGUAGCAACAUCAUGAUGAAACUCCAGAAUCCCAAAAUGUAUAAAUGCAUUAUCUCAGUCUAUACAGAUAUUUGGCAAUACAGUAUUUGUAACAUUGAGGGGGAGGGGUGUUUAUAAACCUACAGUAGACUGUACCUGUAUCAUUUCAGCAUAUCACAUUUAUCUUAGGUUGAAAACAUGUUUACGGAAUAUGUAUUGCAUGUUAUUGACGUCAUUGUUUGUUCUAUUAUUUUGUUUCUAAUCUAGGAAACUUUUAUUUAGUACCUUUGGUGUACUUUUGUUUGCUCCUCAUGCAAGUUACUAUAUGUGCUGUAUGGCUGCGUUUACAAAGACAACCCAAUUCUGAUCUAUUUCCAAUAAUUGGUCUUUUGACCAAGAUAUUAGAUAUUUUUCAGAGCUGAAGACCAAUUAGUGAUAAAAAAGAUCAGAACUGGGCAGCUUGUGUAAACAUUUAGUGCAAUCCUAGCUCCUUUGGACGUCCCUAGCCUAACCCCUAACCGUAACCAUUCUAAAUGUCCAUUUAAAUGGUGUAGGGAGGUCCUAAGAAUCCUGGAUACCCUGUCUAAACGCAGCCUAUGCAAUGUUAACCUAAAGUGCAAAAAUGGACAACCUCCUCUCACUUUAUAAACAUGGGCACUGAGCCAUUCUGUAAAAACAUGGCUUCUGUGUGGAGAUGAUGGCAUAAUGUGUAAAUUUAAUGGCUUUUAUAUUUGUUUAUUGACAUUUAUUCCAUUCAAUCAUCCCAUAUCCUGUGUUAUGAUACUUGUGGUUUGUAUGGUUGUGGCUAUCAGUACAGCUUCAUUUAGUCACAUCAAGAAAAACUACAGUCUGUAGCCAUGAACUACUACUGGUAGGGCCAGUCAUGUAUAGCCAUAAGGGGCAUUACUUGUUGAGUAAAUAAAACACUAAAAAAUCAUAA